AUGAAAUAAUCAAAUUAGUUGAUUUCUGGAGAUUAAAGAUCUAUUUUGAUUUGGUCAUUUAAUAAUAAUAAUAAUUCAUGGAUUUGCACAUAAACUAUUUAAGCUCAUAAUGAUUGGAUUGAUUGUUUAAUUUUGAAUAAUAAUGAAGAUCUGUUUAUAUCAAGUAGUAAUGAUAAGACUAUUAAGUUUUGGAUUAAACAAAAUGAAUGGAUCUGUUAAUAAACAAUCACAGAUCAUAAUAGUUAUGUUAAUCAAUUAAGUUUAAAUGAAUAAUAAAAUCAAGUUAUAUCUUGUGGAUCUGAUAAAUUGAUAUUAAUAAUUGAAUAAUCAUAAAAUAAUAAAAAUUGGAUUGUCAAAUAAAAAAUAGAAGUUGGUUGUGAAGGAUAUCGAUUAUGUUUUAUCAACAAUAAUCUAUUUACAUUUUAACCUAGAUCUGGUAAUUUAAUGUAUGUCUAUGAGAUGAAUAGUGUAAGUUAAUAGUUCACUAAAUCAAAAAAAAUUACUCUAAAUCAACAAGGAAAUGAUUAUAGUACCUUAUUUCCAUAAUAAUUUGUUAAAUAAAAAUAAUUACUUAUGAAUAAGCAUUUGAAAUCUAUAAAUUUAAUAAGAUUAACACAAAAUUCUGAAUUUAAAGUUGAGUAAUCUAUUUAAUUUGGUACAAUUAGUAUAUAUGGAUAAUUGAGUCAUGAUGGAGAAUAUUUAAUUACUUGGGAUGGUGAAUCAAAAGAGAUAUAAAUAAGGAAAUUCAGAGAAGAAUGA